CUGAGCGGCUUGAACGUUUUUAUUAUUAUUAAUAUAUAUUUAUAUUUCGUUUUAAUUUACAAGUUUUCCACGGUUCAUAAUUUUAAUAUUUUUAUACCGUUUUAUACAAUAAAGUGUUUAUAGGUAGUAAUUGGAGAGAACUUUUUGGCGGUCGGAAAUAGUCGCGGAGCUAUUUUUGAAUGUUAACGUUUUAAGUUUGACAGCAAGUUCGGGUGACAGUUCGCGGAUUCGAAUUUUAAAAUUGACGUUAGAAUGAAGAUGGCGGUUCGCGCGGGCCGCGGGUUCGUUGCCCCCAGCGGAGCGGGCCAGUAGGAUGAUCAACUUCCAGAACAUUUGACGACUGCUUUACCCAUGCGGCGGUGACGCGAUGUCUGUCGCGCCGGCGGUGAAGCGCGAGCUGGACCUGGAGAGCGGCGGCGGCAGCCCCGGGCGCAAGCGCCGCAAGCAGGCCGCGCCCUCCCGCGCCCCGCCGCAGCCCCUCGCGCCCCCGCCGCUCGACCUGCACGCCAAGAUGGCCGACAUCUACAAGAGCGCCCUCGCCUUCGGAGAGCUCACGCUCCCGGCCUUCGACCCGCUCGCCGCCUUCCGGCUCCUCCCCCGCCACGAGCCGCCGCGCAUCUUCAACCCCGAGGCCUACUGCGACCUCUGCUGCAAGGAGUUCUGCAACAAAUACUUCCUCAAGACCCAUCGCGCGAACAAGCACGGCAUCUACGACGGCGGCGAGCCCCAACCCGCCGCGCCGCCGCCCGCCCAGCCCUCGCCGCCGCGCCGCGCCUCCGACGAGGAGUCCGGCGGCACCCCCCGCCGGCUCUCCCCCGACUCCGCCCGGCGAGCGCGCGAGGCCGGCUUCCAGCCCGACAUCCUGCGCCGGCUCGGCGUCGUCAACCCCGAGGCGUUCUGCGAGAUCUGCUGCAAGGAGUAUUGCAACAAAUAUUUUCUGCGGACGCACCGGGAGAGGCGACACGGGGUGCCCGCGCACCGCUCGCCCGUCGCCGACCGCUCGCCGCCCUCCGCCACGCCGCCCAACAUGCUCGGCACUCCACCCAACAUGCUCGGCACGCCCCUGGGCACGCCGCUCGGCACGCCGCUGCCGCCGCCGCUCACAACGCCGCCCGCGCCGCCGCCCGUCGCCCCCGACACGCCACCGAGGUCGCACUCUUUGCCUCCGCCGUUUGAUUCAGAGGAAAUGGUGGAGGUGAAGCGCGAGUGCGAGGACGAACUGGAGGCCGCCCUGCGCGACGGGCAGACGAGUCCUCUCAACCUGAUCGUGGAGGAGCGAGGCGCCGCAUCACCCGGCUCCGCGAGCGAGGAGCUGCGCAAACUGCAAACGAUGAUCUCGCAGCUGAACGAGCUGGCGGCCGAGCGCCUCGCCGACGACGCGCCCGAGGCCGGCCCCCGCGCGCCCUCCGCCUCCCCGCCGCCGCCCGACGAGCGCCGCGCCUCCUCCAGCGGCUCCAGCUUCUGCGAGAUCUGCAACAAGGAGCUGUGCAACAAGUACUUCAUGCGCACCCACAUGCAGCGCAUGCACGGCAUCUCGCUGGAGAGCGGCACGCAGCUGGGCGGCGUCACGUGCGACAUCUGCCACAAGGAGCUGUGCAGCAAGUACUUCCUGCGCGUGCACAAGCACAACACGCACGGCAUCCCGGCGCCGCCCGCGCCCGCCAACGCCGCGCCGGCCGAGCCGUGCCCGCUGUGCGCGCGGCGCUUCCGCGGGCCGCGGGCGCUGCGCGCGCACCUGCUGGCCGAGCACGCGCCGCCCGCGCGCCCGCCGCCGCCGCCGCGCCCGCUGGACCUGCUGGCGCGCGACAAGCCCUACGCCUGCUCCUACUGCCCGUUCACGACCGACGUGCUCGCGUUCCUGUUCGCGCACGAGCGCGCGCACGCGCAGCCGCCGGCCGAGCCGGAGGGGGCCCCGGAGCCGGCCGAGGGCGAGGGGGAGGCGGGCGAGGCGGAGGGCGAGGGCGAGGCGGACGCGUACUCGUGCUCGCGCUGCGAGUUCCGCGCGGAGGGCUUCGGCGCGCUGGAGGCGCACCUGCGGGCGGCGCACGGCGGCGCGGGCGCGCUGCUGGCGGUGCCGCGCGCCCCGCAGGCGCCGCUGACGAUGCAGCCGUUCGUGGUGGAGGAGGCGGGCGGCGCGCUGUCGCUGGUGCCGGCGCUGGUGUUCCUGCCGGUCCGCCGCCGCGCCACGCGCCGCGCCACCGUCACGCUCACGCUCACGCCCGCCUAACGCCCGACGCAGGCGCGCGCCCGCCGGCGACUACAACUGCGGGCGCGCGCGUACGAUCGCUGAACUCUACUGACUACAUUUAACGCUGUGUGCCUUCAAGCGAUUGCUGAAAAAUAUUAUGAGACGUAAUUAUAAUCGGAAGCUGCCCGCGCCGAGCGCCACACCGCGCGGCGGCCCCGGCCUCUUUUUUUGUCAGAGUCUAACUUCAUAUAUUGAGAAUUAUAUUAACGGGUGAUAUAUGAAACGUUGCCGCUUAUAAAUUCGAUUAUUUAUUAUUAUCUCCUCGAUGUUCCGUCGGGUCGGUCCGAGACGAGUUUUUGAAACGUCGAUUUCGAUCGGGAGAAGAAAUACACCCUAGAAGUAAUUUAUUUAACGUAUUAUUAUCGGUGAGUGCGCUCACGAUAGCGUAGUGCGCGAUGUUGAUCACUGGCGCGAGCGCAGCCCUGCAACCGCUCUACCUCACGUUAGGUUUUAUAUUAGCUGUUAUUGUAUUAAAUUAUAUUUUGGAGUUACGAUAAAGUACAAAUAUAGUUACUGCGAGCGCCGGACGGAGACCGCGCGCGCCACUCGGUACUAUUUGUUGUUGGCUACGAGUGGCGAAGCACAAAGAUACGUACUAUGGGCAGUGAUCAACAUUAAACGUAAUUUUAGUAUUAAAUUUGAUUAGAUGUGGUCAGGAGGCUCGGUCAGACGUUUAGUUUAGUUGUUUACACACAAUACGGGUAUUGUUUCGGGCCGGAGCGCAGCUCUGCCCCCGCUGGCCGGGCUUGCAUUACUUAUUUCUGUCGUACUCGAUACUUAUGUGUUACUGCUGCCGUUAUGCGUCUUAGUCAUCUCUAAUGUGAGUCUUUCACAAUUGAAAACGGUUUAGACUCCUUUAUUUAUAACAUUUACAAAGCUGUAACUUUUAAAAUCGAUCGUACAGGGUUCAAACUACUUCGCAGACCUUUAGAUAAACGUACAGUAAAUUAAGAACACCAUUUGCAAAAGACUGAAAUAUACAUUGCAAUAGACACAGUAGAGAUGAGUGAGACAGAUGUUCUAGUCGUCAAUAUUAUUAUCUUGAUAAUCAAGACUAAUUUGAUGGGUAAAAUGUAACGUUUGUUUGAAUAAUUCAUUAUUCGGUAGAUCAGUGUGGAGGUUAGCUUGUACAAACCAUGCAGCUUCGAAAGAAAGUUCCUAUGUAUGUACGUAAGUUGUAAUUUUAAUUAAAAACUAGAGGUCGCGGUCGGUCGGCUCUGCUCGGGACAUUCACGGCUUACCUGAUCGUAAUAUGAUGUUGUGAUUGUGAAUCAGGGUAAAGCUUUCGAUACUGUAGACACUGAACUUGAAACUUAGUGUAAAGAAGUAUCAGUUGAUCUGAACGCGCAUCGAUGCUGCGACGCACUCGUUCUUGUUGAAGAGUUGCAACAUUCUGACGCGAAUCAUAGUUCCUAAUCAUACUUCCAGAGGCGAAAAUUGUUUUGAUGAUCUUUUAAAUGUUGGCGAGUUUGUUGUUCGUGUAUACAAUAGUUUUCCGUGUUUACUUUUAAAAGGCCAUCUUCCUACAAGUCUUCCUGCCCCCAGCCAAAGGCCAGUCCCGCCCAGAGUCGCGCCGCCGCGCGCGGUACAACAAAUUAUAUUAAUAACGUUUUAAAUAAUAACAAAAUUAAUAAAAAUUGUACGCGUGGUAACGACGCCCUCGUCGCCGCCCGCAUUCCCGUUAAGGGUGGCAUUUUAGAACCACAUCUAGAGAUAAUGCCGAAAUUUUUACUAUUUAGGAAUGUCGGUAGCGAUGACGGCUCGGCGUCAUUGAUGUAGUGAAAAUGUAUUGAAGUUGUGUUCAGAAUUAUUUCCCUUACGCAUUGAGCCCGAGAUGGACUGACAUAAGAACCAAUAGUACAAAUAUACCAAAGUAUGAGCGGUAUCGGUGAUUGGUAAUACAAAUAAAUUACAGUACAAAUUAAUAUUAAGUGUAGUGGAAAGGUAUACAGGAGUGUUACAACUUUAGUAGUAAAUUCUCCACUCGGGAACAAUGCCAUAAGCAGCUCGGUACAGUCGCACCUUUCGUUUAGUUUGCUUGACAAUACCAAGGGGAAUAUGAUAUAUCGUCGUUUUUUAAAGACAAACCAAUUCAGCAAGGUGUUUUGUUAGAUUGUGAUAGAAAAUGAACUAUUUCUGUUCCCGUAGAAUUUAGUCUUUAAUACAACUGACAGAAUUAUAAGAUUAAUGUAACUAUUAAUUUAUUUUAAGUUAUUCGCAAUUAAGUUUCCAAAGACUGUGUAUCAAAAUAUUCCUCUGAUACUUAGCAUAAAAUAUGUCUGUCUUAUUUUAAAUGCUUUCUCAAAAUGUGUAUUUUUUUAAGAACUUCACACGUAUAAAAGUGAUUUAUGUAUGCAAAAUUGUCAAACGCUUUUUAUAAACAUACUUUUGUAUUUGUGUCCUAGACAUUAGGUUGUACGUAGUGCAUAUAAAGCGAUGGUCCUAAAGUUGGUCCUUGCUUAACCCUUUUAUUUGUAAGCAAAGGGAUGACUUGUUUCUAUUUGCAUUUCCUAAGUAAUGUUGAUAGUUAAUGAUGAAGUUAGUUUGUGAUUCGUUCAGUAUUGUUUACAUAUUGGUUGGACUGAAGGACAUCGCAAACUAAUUUCUUGUUACGUUUUCUACCAAAAGUUCCUUUACGAUCUCGCCAAGAGGUUUAAGUAUAACUAAAUUUUCGUGAGUAUUAGUUAAUUGUAACACUAAUAUUAAAUUGAUUAUCUUUUUUCUAGUCCCAUUGCGGUAAUUUGAUUUCCUACUUUUAGUUUUUAAGUGCGACUGUAUAUUACGGAAUGAUGUAAUAAUUUUUCAAAUUAUAUAAACUGUGUUAUUUCUAGUCAAAUUAUUUUGUAUAUUUUACCAAUGUGGACCUCUAUUAGCAUAGAUAAACUAAAUACGUAAACAGAUUACACUUAUAUGAAUAGUAAAUAAUAUUUAGAUAUGUACAAACAUGUGAAGCUAUAUGAAAUUGAGAGUACAAAUCAUGUUGAUUAUUGUGAAUAUAUUAAAUAUAGCUUUUGACUUCCACAUUGGGUAAAAUUAUAUUUAAAUAUAUAAAGAGAAUUAUAUUGUGGCUUUGGGAGAAAGCCAAACCUUAUGCUGUGGACAUUUUGUGGCAUUCGAAAUAAGUAAUAAACAUAAAAUGUUAUUUAAUUUAACGAUGUCUUGUUGUGACUAAUAAUUUCGUAACCAGAAAGGGCAUGAGAAACGCUAAUUAAUUAUAUAUUUUUCCGGCAAAAUACACUUAUAAUGGAAAAGGAAAAAUAUAUAAUUGCGGCUUGUUCCUUUGAAAUUGUAAAUCAGUUUUCUGCGAAUAAGUACGUAAACAAUAAUUUCUCAGUUUUAUAUAAUUUCAGUAAAUCUGUCAAGUUCGCGUAUUUUAUUAUAGUAAAACCACAAACUUAAUGUACAUGAUUCAAUAUUAACUAUAGGUAAUGGUAAAUGUGUAAUAGUCAUACCAAAUUAUAAUGUUGAAUGGUUUUGGCUAUUGCACGAAAUCCACGAAGUUUUUGAGGUAAAUAUACAUCCAUUAUACAAGUGAAUAUGGUGUAUAUUCAAAUAUAUUCCAAGUGCCACACUAUGUCCCGGUCGGUAUAUGUUCCUAGAUCCGUCUGUUGAUUAUUUGUUUUCCAUUAAUUACUACGAAGCAUUU